AUGGACCGCUACUUGAGCCGUAUGUCCACCCGCAUCAAGAGGCGACUGAACACACAUGAUAAAACGGCUACGGAGGCAGGAAAUGCGCCUAAUCUCGCUGAUGAGCAUCAUGCGCCGACGAACCAAGUCCAGGCAGACUUGACAAUCCAACUGACGUCGGAACUCUCAAACCGAGCUAUAGCCGAACCAUCCAACCAACUAACACCUGAGUCGACGGAUGAGGUACCUGAUCAGCUUGGGUCUGGUUCUGGAGGCCAAGAUGCUUCUCCCACCCUUGUACUUGCUUCAGCCGACACAAAGGCGCAGUCUUCCAAUCCAGCCCCCGAGAGCUCCGAUGCUAUCUCGAGGCGCACUCUAUGGCAACAGGCGUACAACAAACUGUGUACAGAAGAGGACUUUGACAGUAAACUGCUCCAUUAUGAGAAAUAUGUCCUUGCCCACGCAAACGUUGCUGCGAGCGCCAAAACCAAUCAGAGUCUAAUUCAGGAAUGGGUCAGGAAAGAGCUUGACAACCUUUCAGAGAAGCGAGUCGUCAUUGUCAGACAGGGAAAACAAGUUGUUGUCCGAGACAAGAUUUACGAAGUCAUCAAGUUCAUUGUCAAGUACAAAGACCUUGUCAAAGCUGGCGUGUCCGCGGAUCCGACGGCUGCUUUGGCCUGGGGUGGUGCUAUGGCGAUAAUACCGUUUCUCCAAAACGUGUUCCAGCAAGAUGAAGAUGCAGCCACUGGGUUCGAGGAUAUUUGCUUCCUUACCCUGCAAAGCAACGUGGUUGAGCACAGGCUGAACGAGUUGCGCCAAAAAAGGAUGGAGCAGGAGAUUGUCAACAUUUAUGCAACCUCUCUUCGUUACCAGAUCAGACUUCUGGUACACUAUCAGCAUGGCUCCCUUGUCCGUACUGGUCGUGAUGCCGUGCAAGCAGACGCGUGGAAUGACAUGCUGAAAGAUGCAAAAAACGCCAACGCAAAGAUAUCGGGCGGCUUCACUACCCUCGGAAGCGACAUGGCCUUGUCCGAGCUUCCGGCCAUUUCAGAGGGUGUCAAGGCUCUUCGUGAGCAGAUGACGCUAACGUGCGUUGGUGCCGCCCUCUUCGACUCCCGAGAGGUAGAAGAACACGGUGGUUACCUCGAGGGCACCCCAUCAUUCCCUAGAAAGCCGUUGCGUCUCCCCUCAGUCAUAUUCUCCAGAUGA